UUUUUCGCACAGUAAAUGCUUUACGGCAGCAAUAAUUUUGACAGGCAGAAGCUAGCCUAGCAACAAACUUUAGAAGUUAUUAGCUAGCUACAGUACAUGAGUUGGGUUAGCUACAGAAAAUAAAUUAUAUACUUUAAAAACAGAUUCGCAACUGGUGACAACUUUAACCGUGCAAGCGACUUUUUUUCGCUCUAGCUAACGUUAGCUGGCUAAACGCACUGUCUGCAUGCGAACAAUAACGAAAUCAACAACAUGCCAACCAUGGGAAUGGCUGAAAUAGAUUCCAGCAGUUUCGACGGGGUGCUAACAUGCAGCAAAGAAGUGGUGGUGAUGGAGGGAGACAGGGAAGACCUCGGGACGCUGUGCGCUGAAGAAGAUUUGGUGGCAUCCGCGCUUGCUGCCACUAUCACCUCUCAAGUUAUUGUGGAAGAACUGAGAAGGCUUGGGUUAUGUUCAAACAUAGAGGGAGACGUGGAAUACGUACCAUACGAGUCUGAACUGCAAAUGUCAGACAUCAAAAGGCUUAUUACCAAGGACUUGUCAGAGCCUUAUUCGAUUUAUACAUAUAGGUAUUUCAUUCAUAACUGGCCUCAACUCUGCUUCCUGGCGAUGGUGGAUAAGGAUUGUGUUGGUGCCAUUGUGUGCAAACUGGAUAUGCACAAGAAGAUUCACCGUGGCUACAUUGCCAUGUUGGCUGUGGACUCCAGACACAGGAGGAAGGGAAUUGGUACAUAUCUAGUCAAAAAGGCUAUCUAUGCUAUGAUGGAUGAGGACUGUGAUGAGGUAUGUUUAUUUUACAUAAUCAUAUCUACCCUGGAAGACAUUAGGCAAGAGUGGCCAGACGUCCCCAAUUUCCAGGAACAGUCCCCGAUUUUGGUGGCCUGUCCCCGAAAAUGUCCCUGAUUAGCCCUUAGAAAGAAAAAAGCAACAUUGAAGUUAAAUUGGGGCUGAUAGUUAAAUAAUCAAACGCUGUAUCCAAUCAGAUUUGCAUGUAUCAAUCCCUUUGCCAAACUCGUUUUCUCCCGAGGCUUUGCCGUGGACCUUUUAUGAGAACGUUUGACCAGUGAUACAGAGACUGGACUCUGUUUAUCAUGCAUCCUUGCACUUUAUUACAAAUGCCAAGUCACUCACCCACCAUUGCACCUUAUACCAAAUGGUGGGUUGGGCCUCACUUUAUGUGUGCAGGAAGCUACGUACAUUUGUAUGUGUUCAUCUACAAGUCCCUUUUGGGUAAACUUCCUCUUUACCUCUGUAGUCUGG